UGAUACGUAAGGGGUUUACUCUGAUUGAUCGUUUAAUAUCGGAUCGUCCAAUACGAAAGUUAUUGGACGCACGCGUCCUACAAGAUAUAAUAUUAGACGGUCACGUUUAAUAAUAUUUUGUAUCGACAAUAUAUGUGUGUUUGAAGCAAAUAUGGCAAAUAAAAAAUAAAUACAACGUAAUGUAUUCUUUGAGUGUGUUAAUUUGUGGCUAGCGCUUGGUGCUUCUUCGCGAGUUUUUAUUAUUUUUUUCUAUCCAGAAAAUCCCUUGUAGCAUGUAUACAUAUGUUUAUAUUAAUUCAUCUAAAUUUUUAACGUUGUGCGUUCAUGUGUGAAGGUGCCAAAUUUACUGUAGUUCUAUUGAGAAGAAUAUUAUAAUUGCGUGAACCCCGUUAUGGUUACUUUGUUAUGUUUCAUAUUAUGACUAUGAGUAAUUUUAUCAUUUAUUUAUGCAGGACAAGAUGUCUAAUCUAGAUUCAUUGAAGGUCCAUAUAGAGGAAGAAAUAAUGCUCCAGGAAAAACGAAAUUCACAGACAUUCAUCAGCCAGGGUAUUCAUGAGAUUAAAGUUAAACUUCGGGAUGCACGUUCCCUUUUCAACACCUUGCAUGCAAAAUUUAAAAAAGCAGUGGAAGACUGGCAGGCAUACGAAGAAAGGAUGACCCAGAUUACCCAGUCCGUGGACGAGGCGGAGGACGAGCUUGUUAAGACCCAGCCUACACGCCAGUUUACAAAGAUAGAACUUUUAGCAAACAUGGAGCAGUUACAACGAACCAUGAACACACUACAAGUCAACCUAUCUGAUAUGCAAACACUGAACAAUAUCGUGUGUACCGGUGCAAGCGCAGCAAGCGUUGUGUGUUUGAAUAAGAAGUUGGCAGAUGUCAAGUAUCUGAUCGAAAACGUUUCGUUCAGAUUAAGUUAUAGGGUAUCCGAACUUGUGGCUGGCAAUAAAUGGCGAAAGUACAACAGGGCGUUACAGAAAUAUGAGAUCGAGUCUAAUUGGCUUUGCACAAUGAAGGAAGAACUCAGGCAAUGUGACAAUGUGACGGGCACUGAUGACGAGAUUCAUCAUCGACUUGAGAUCUGCAUGGAAAUAACUAAAGAGGCGAAUAAGCACAGGGAUAGUUUUGCUACUCUCGUAGAUAGAGUCAGCCACAUGCAGGAUAAGUUACCGGCUGUCAAUGUCACUCGGAUGAAUUCAGAUGCUUUGCGAAUCAAAAAGAAGUUUUCGGAGUAUUUAGCGCGAAGCAAAGAGAUUGCUGAAAUUCUACUAGCCACACUUCAACAACAUUUAAUGGACACACAGAAGCAACAUCAAAGAUGGCUGGAUGCCGCACGUGCAAAAGCGGACCAGUGCCAAGUGAUCACAGGUGACCGAUACCAUCUUGAGGCGAAACUUGAAACCAUUAAGGAGCUGAUCAACAGUGCGGGUGAGGGUGAACAGAUGAAGAACCUUGCUACAGCGAAGAUUGAGGCCCUGAAAGAUGUGCUGCCCAAGGGGAGGCAAGCAGAACUCGAGGAACAGAAGAGGCAGGCCGAGACUGAGUGGCAGAUCCUGUGGAACGCCAUGCAGGAGACUCGGGUUAAACUGGAAUUCUCCAUCGAACAAUGCCAAGCAAACGAAAAGGAGUAUAAUGUGAUGCUGCAAUGGCUUAAAGACACAGAGGCCCUUAAACGGAACGAGGGAGUACCUCAGCCGGACUUGCAAAGCAAAAGUCACCAGUUUGAACUGUUAAAGACAUUGGCUGAAGAUGUUGUUGCCCAUAAGUCAGAAUUCGAGGCCAUGAGAGAAUCUUCGAAGAAUAUCGGACCGUCAACGGGUGAGAGACGCUUUGCAUUAUUCACCGACCAGCUUGUAAAACGAUACGGGGCACUGGUAACGUCGGUGGAGAUACUGGUAGAGAACUGUAAACAGAACGUCUCUGAUCACGAGGGCUAUCUACAGCGGUACAUGGAGUGCCUUGAGUGGAUUAAGGGCCAACAACAAGGCCUCGAUGACUGUGUGGACACGCCACAUAACAAGGAAAUGCUUCAUGCAAAAUUAGCUUUUUUAAGCAAUCUAACUUCAUCUAAUGGUUCUGGCCUCAGAUGCUUAAAUACCGCUAUCGAGAGUGGAGAACGACUUUACAUCAACACGUCAAACGAAGGACGAGAUAUAAUUCGAAAUGAACUUAAAUUGCUCAGAGACAAAUGGGAAACUUUCAAUGAAAAACUAAACGAGAUAAAACGAAAACUACAGCUCUCGGGAAUGCAGUGGUCAUCAUUCGACGAGAAUGUUGAGCAAGUAGAAAAAUGUUUCACUGACUUUGCCGAACAGUAUAAGAACGAAGAUGACGAGCCGAUGAAUACUCUACACGAAAAGAAGUCUGCUCUUCAAAAGAACACGACUCGAUACAAGAACAUUGUCUUAUACAAAACAAUGUUGGACAGCCUCAGUGACACAGGCAGUGCCCUAGCCACAGUGAAGGCAAAGGACAAACUGAAAGAGCUGCAUGUCAAGUACGGUGCCCUGUGCGAGAUUGCACUGUCCAAGGUGAAGAAAGCCGAGGAAGAUGUCAAUCAGCAUCAGGAGUUGCAAGACCUUCAUCAGCAAUGCCGAUAUUGGGUGUAUAGUACAAAAGACAAUAUUGCAUCGUGCGCGGAUUCCAGUGGUGAUAGGCAUGUUUUGCAAAACAAACUUGAUAAAGUACUGGACCUUUUGAAGUCGAUGCGAGAUGGAGAUGCGAUUGCAAGUGAUUUCUAUGUCUUGGCAGGGAACACAAUCCCUAACACCGGUUUAGAAGGUCAGAAAGUCAUCCAAAAGGACAUGGAGGAUAUAAAAGAAACAUUCGUGACUUUGGCUUCACGUCUGGAGAGCAUCAAAGAAAAUCUGGUGCACGCUUUACACCUUGUCACGACUUAUGAUGGUUUAUGUGAUCAACUUAACACAUGGCUGCGAGAACAUGAAACGGCCAACAAAGAAAUUAACGAUCUGAAGCGAUCUCAAGGAGAUAAAGAGAAUCAGUCAGAGAAACUGAAUAAGAUUGAGAAAGAAGUGAAUGCUCAACAGCGGCAUUUUGACGAGCUACAGGAUAUGGUUUCCCACAUGGAGGGUGUUGACAGUCGCCUUGUGAAUUACAGCUCACAGCUGAACUUCCGAUAUGAGACGCUGAGAACGAACCUGCAGAGUGCGGUCAUCCGAUGGCAAAACUACGUGCAUGAGCACCAAGCCUACUCUACAAACUACACAAAGUGUACCGAACGGCUGGACACGAUACAGCACCGACUAGAAGCGUGUGCUGAAAUGACUGAUGACCGCGUUGACAUCGAAGAUGGUUUGAGAAAACUUUUAAUGUUGGACGCUGAAAAAGAGGACUGCGUUAAACUAAUUCAGCAUACUGUCGAGUCAGGAGAGAAGUUGCAUACCAGCACGUCUGCUGAGGGAAAGGAGAUUAUCCGACAGGAACUAAGGAUGCUCCGAGAUCUUUCGGAACAGGUCGAUGAUCAACUGAUCUACACGCAGAAGAAACUUAAGAUGUGCCUCGUCCAUUUGCCAACUUCAAGCGAAAUCAUUGAGAAGCCGCUUCAUGCGACAGACGAGCUCCUAAAUGAUGAAAAUAAUACGUCAGUGGUUCAUAUGAUCGAUGAAAUCAUUUAUCAGAGGGAACUCAUUGAUGAUUCAGAACUGCAAACACACAUAGGUGGCAGUCCACCUCCGACUCCAUCGAGUGAAGAAGAAGUAUUUGAUGCGAUCAAUAGAGAUUCCGUCUCUGCGGUUGGUAAAGACACUUGCAUUCAUGCAGCUUUAUUUCCUGCCCCAAGUGCUUCAAAUAUGGCGUCAUGCACAACGUGUCCCUGCAGUGAUGAGGAGUUGAUUAGGCUACAGAAAGAAAACCUUAUUCUGCAGAAUAGGCUGCUCAAGAAAAAACUGAACGAGAACUGAUGGCCAAAAAUAGCACAUAUUAUUUCAUGCUUUAGUGUGUAUUUAUCAGUUAUUUACUUGCACGUAUAUAUCAAAUCCACAAAUAUUCGAUCAUUUAAUGUACAUGUAUUGCUUUUGUUUAAUGUAUCAAUUUCAUAUAAUGGUUACCAGUAAAUGAGUUUUUGAUUCAUUUAUACCAUCAUCCUUAACCUUCAUAGUCUUGCAAAUAGUGUGUAAAAUUACGCCCGCGAAAAAUCGUGAAUGAGAACUGAAAAACACAUAAAUUCCUUUUUUGACGUCAAGCAUGGGGUUUCUUAUCAAUACCGAUGAGUACAUUAGACGGUUAUUUAGCGACAUAAUUCUUUUGCUAUUAAUUUUUAAUUAUUAUGUCUUGCUCACUUUGUUAACAUUUAAUAUCUUUUCGUGUACUUUAAUAUUAUUAAAGCGAUACUAUUGGUGUUAUUUUGCUUUAUGUCGCGAUAACUAAGGGACUGUGUCUAUGUCGUUCGUCAUUCGUAAUUCGUCAAUACGAGGUACUCGUUUGAAAACCCAUAUACUUCCGAUUGCAAACUGAAACUAAUGUUAGUAAAAUUGUCCAUGUAGUUAUAUUUUAUGAUUAUGUUAUGCUUGAUAUAUUUAAUUAAAAUGCUUUAUACUCCCUACUCAUGUAACAAUAUGGUAUGGAUUUGUGUUUAAUAUAGUUAUUAAGUGUACUUGUCUUUAAAACAACAGCCACAUAGCACUAAAUUAAACAGUAGGAAAACGAAAUGUUGUUGAUCGUCUUUCAAGCGUAUGUCAUGAAAAAGUGCACCUUAUCUUGAAAGUUUAUAUACGCCCGUUAACAAUUUUAACUUUAUUCUAUACAACAGGUCGAAGUAAUCUUAUAUAUUCUGAUGGCAAAUCUGUCGAUGUUAUUAUGUUUUAAGCCUACUUAAAAGAAAAUUAUAUUAAUGUAUAUCUAUAACCGGUAAAGAACAAUAGACAAUAGCACUGUGCUAGCCAUGUAUCGUUUAUUUACAGCUGUGUAUGACUAUAAAUAAUAUUUAUAUAUCGUACCCAAAUCUUCGUAUCUUCCCAGGGCAUAUACAUGUAUAACAAAUUUAGAUCAUCAGUUUUACCGCUUAGAAUUUAAAUUGGUCGAUAUGCCUCUUAACAUAUUCCUUGAAACGAAUUGUAUUGUCAUUGUUGUAACGGUAUUAAAAUUUAAGAAAAUUUUUAAAAAAUCUAAAAACGAUAAAAUUGGAAGAUGUUAUGAAAAUAUAUAUAUGACAAGUAAACAAUGUUUACAAAUGUCACCAAUUAUUAUACAUGUAAAUAAUGAACUUACAAUGCUGGAAAAGUAUGUUAAACAAGCGUUAAAAAUAAGUAAUACUUUACAGAACGAACAGUACUAUCUUAUGUUGGAAGAGUUGUCUUUUACACUAAAAAAUCAGUUGAAAAGGUUUAUAUUUCGAUGUUAAUUUGUUGAAAUAUCAUAACAGUUGUUUUCAUGUUAUAAUAAUACUAUACAUGUAUAUGCAUUUUAUGGGUUUAAGUGUAUCUGUGUUUACAAAUAUGGUAUUAGUAAAUUGUAUGAUAAAAUGAUUAAACGUGGCACAGUGCAUGAUAUAUUAUAAUGUGUUUAGAUGAUGUGCUUUGUACAAAUCUUUAUAUAAAAGCUCUGAUCUUGUCAUAUAUAUUGCUGUAAGAAGAUCGUGCACCGGAAUCAAGCUGAUCAACCCCAUAGCGUCUGAUAGUUAACAAGCCAAACAUCACAGCAUCAUAUUAAUUAUACUAAAACCAACAAAUAAAAAAGUUUACAGUUUUAUUAUAUAUGCUAUUUCUGUUAUUCUGCCAAUGACCUAAAGGGAUUAUUUCGUCAAAUCGGCAUAAAGACCAAUAUGAAGGAUUGUUUUAUGAUUUCUUGAUUGAUAUUAACGUGGUAUGUACAGUAAUGUAUAAUUAGCAUAGCAACUCGCAAACCUCCAUUCGCAUUAGCACUUAGCCAACAAAUGCUUUAUAUUACUUUUCUUCAUACUUAUCGGACGAUUAGGAAGAUGGCCUAUUUUUUCAUAACUCCAUGCCUUUUGUUCUUGUGAACACUGCACUUUUCCUAAUGCUUAUGAUAUAUUUGUUCUUUCUAACAGUUUAUGUGUAUAUAAGCAGCCACUUCUGCGUGUGAUGUCUUAAUGUGAAUAUUUCCAUAAGUUUAAUGAUAUGUUUAUCACGUCAGCAUAUUCAGGUUCAUAGUAUACAUAAUGCGUGUAAUACGACAUUACUGCAACCAAUCUUUUUUGCCGGAUAAGAAUACCUAAUAUCUAUGAACCUUAUGCUUUUGUCAUACGUAUGAGCUUGUUUUUAUGAUCAUAAAUUGCUUUACUUAUCAUCUUAUUAGUUUGAAUCCAUACAUUAUUUGCAUUUUAUCAGUACUUACACUGAUACCAUAUACCAUGCAUGCAAAUAUUGCUACCGCGCUAGCAUGGCCCUUGUAUUUUUCUUGAUUUAAGAAAAAUCUGUGUUUGUGUGUUAUAUAUUAAGAUGAUUUUUUUCUUUUUCUGUAUGCAUUUAAUCAAAAAUGUAAAUUUUCUAUAUGGAUGAUAGUAUGAGCAUUGUAUUUUGAUACACCAUCUUUUUUUUCUUUUUUUAUUAUCAAUAUCACUAAAAAAACAAGCAUUAUACAUGUACAUACAUUGUUAACAUUUUUCCUUCAAGAAGAUAACCAUACAAUUUAUUGGUGUAUACGUACAAUAGAAUUUUUUUUUAAAUAUGUUUCUUUAAAAUAUACCUAAUCUGUAUGGAAAAUUAGUGAUAAUUGUGGUUAAACCAUGGGUUAUUAUUUAUGUUUUUUUGCAAUAUGAAAAAAAAAAAAAAGUAAAAGUAAGAAAAAAAUAUAAAAAAAGAAAUAGCUGGAAGCUCAAAACUGACCGUCAAGUAAUCUCUGAUAAAUUGUAUUAAAUUGUUCGAGAUUAUCGUUUUAUUAGGGCUAUUUCUUGUUCUAUAUCAAAGCGUAAUUUUAGGAAUGUUAGGAAAUGUUUGAAAUAAGAAGGUUGAUGCAUUCUUUUCAAUUUAAAUAUAUAAUAUUUCAUUAAAUCAAUAAUGGAAUUAAUAGUUUGCAUGUUUUUAUUAUAUUCCAUCUGUCAAAAACAAAUUAAUUCGUAGUUAAAAUAUAAUCAAAUGCAUACAUGUAGUCCGCUGAUCUGUUCCAUAAAUGUUAAGCUACCCGGCAUUUCCAAAACAAGUGUUCAGUAUCUUCAUCGUAUUCAUUGCAAAGAUCACAUAAGUUAGAGCUAGUCAGUUUGCACCGAAAGAGAUAUGUAUUCGUAGCAGUUAGACGCAUAAUAAAUUUAUAUUGGCAGCAUUUUAAAUUUGUAUCCGUACAAGUUUUGAACACUAGCGUGUAUAUCUUUGCCCAAUCUAACUCUAAUACACCAUCGUGUGCAUGUAACAAGAAUCCAGUGAAACUAUUGAAUUAAAACAAAACAAUAUUAAAUGAUAAUCACAUUCAUAUGAUUGUGUAACUUAGUUUUACUCUAUUCUUUGUUGAUGGGUUUUUGUACAUGCUUCAAAAUAUAAAUACCAUUGCUA